AUGGCAGCGGCAGCAGAGUCGGACAACGGGAGCGAGGUGGGCCCGACCGGGGACUCGGGGGCGUUCGCUUCGCCGGUGAAGGCGAGGGAGAGGGCGCCGGAGUCGGAGGCCGGCGCCUCGGCGGCGACGGCGUCCGAGUCCUCGGAGACGAGGGUCGACGACGGCAACAUCCAGGAGGCCGAGUCCUCGCUCCGCGAGGGCCUCUCCCUCAACUACGAGGAAGCAAGAGCUCUCCUCGGGAGACUAGAAUAUCAGAGAGGAAAUGUAGAGGCUGCACUUCGAGUAUUUGAUGGAAUAGACCUUCAAGCUGCUAUUCAGCGUUUCCAACCGCCGCUUUCAGAAAAACCAUCUUCCAAGCGGAAUAACAAACUAUGGUCAGAUUCAUCGAAUUCAGGAUCACAGCAUGCUGCCAGCCUUGUUCUUGAAGCCAUUUACUUGAAGGCAAUGUCUCUUCAAAAGUUGGGGAAAGCAAUAGAGGCCGCUCAACAGUGUAAAAGCGUCCUUGAUGCUGUUGAAAGUAUCUUCCAACGUGGCAUACCUGAUGUCAUGGUUGAACAAAAGCUGCAGGAAACUGUCAGUAAAUCAGUUGAGCUACUCCCAGAACUUUGGAAGCAAGCUGGGGCUUAUCAAGAAGCACUUGCUUCUUACCGGCGUGCUCUUCUUAGUCAAUGGAAUCUCGACGAUGAAUGCUGCGCGAGAAUUCAGAAGAGGUUUUCUGUUUUUCUGUUGUAUGGUGGUGUUGAGGCAAGUCCGCCGAGCUUGGCUUCACAAACCGAAGGUUCAUUUGUCCCUAAGAAUAAUUUGGAAGAGGCAAUCCUGCUGCUCAUGAUACUUUUGAAGAAGUGGUACCUUGGAAAGACUCACUGGGACCCCUCAGUGAUGGAGCAUCUAACCUUUGCAUUGUCACUCUGUGGCCAGACAUCUGUGCUUGCCAAGCAUUUCGAAGAAGUUUUGCCUGGAAUAUACCCUCGAACUGAGAGAUGGUAUAGUCUAGCCCUUUGUUAUUCUGCAGCUUCGGAUGAUGAAGCGGCAUUAAAUUUGCUAAAGAAGUCUUUGAAUAAGAAUGAGAGUCCCAAUGACAUAAAUGCCCUGCUUUUAGCUGCUAAGAUAUGUAGUUCGGACUAUUAUCUUGCUUCCGAGGGUGUAGAGUAUGCAAAGAGAGCAAUCGGUGACGACGAAUUAUUAGAUGGGCAUUUAAGGAGUGUUGGGCUCCAUCUCUUGGGGAGUUGUCUGGCUAAUGAGUCUAAAAUUGCUUCGUCCGAUCAUCAAAGAUCUCUCUUGCAGGCUGAGGCUUUGAAAUCACUUGGUGAAGCAUUUUCCCUUGACCGCCACAACCCAGAUUUAAUAUUUGACAUGGGGGUUGAGUAUGCUGAGCAACGAAACAUGCAGGCUGCACUGAAAUGUGCAAAGCAGUUCAUUGACACAACUGGCGGAUCUGUUUCUAAAGGCUGGAGAUUGCUAUCUUUGGUUCUCUCUGCGCAGCAGAGGUAUUCGGAAGCAGAGGUGGUGACUGAUGCUGCAUUAGAAGAAACUACAAAAUGGGAACAAGGGCCAUUACUUAGAAUAAGGGCUAAACUGAAAGCAGCUCAAUCAUUGCCCAUGGAAGCAGUUGAAGCAUACCGUGCCCUUCUUGCUCUUGUUCAGGCACAACGGAAGGCUUAUGGAUCUUUAAAAAAUGGCACAGAGGAAAGGGAUAAUAAAGUGAGUGAGUUUGAAGUUUGGCAAGGUCUUGCCAACUUGUAUGCUAGUCUUUCGUACUGCAGAGAUGCCGAAAUAUGUUUGCAGAAGGCUAAAGCUCUGAAAACUUAUUCUGCCACAACACUUCAUGCAGAAGUGACAUGCAUGGGGUCCGUGAGCAAACGCAGCAUGCGCUGGCUGCAUACUUGA